AUGCUGUCUUCGUGUUUGUGCGUUUCUUCUUCACCGAAAAUCGUCCUCGAAAAGCAUCAGCAGCGGAUGCAAACGAAGACGUUUACGAAGACGAGUUGUGGAUUUAAAAACUCGCCGUCGCCGACAAAAUCAUCAUCAUCUUCGAGAAGAGACUCCUCCACACGUGCCUCCAUCCACACGCAAGUGUUCGCGACAAACAACAAGAGUAAGUCUAAACAAGCUUUAGUCGAUGAAGUUAAAAAAUGUUCCUUAAUUACGGCGAUUAAAACGCCGUAUUUAAAAAGCGGGAAGAUCGACUUACCAAAGUACGACGUUUUGGUCGAGCAGCAAAUAGCCGGCGGCGUGCAAGGCUUAGUCGUCGGAGGGACGACUGGCGAGGGACAACUGAUGAGCUGGGACGAACACAUCAUGCUGAUUGCACACACGAGCAAAAUAUACGGGGACGAUUUACUCGUGAUUGGGAACACCGGGUCGAACUCGACGCGGGAAGCCGUACACGCGACUUCGCAAGGGUUCGCCGUCGGGAUGGACGCGGCGUUGCAGAUAAACCCGUAUUACGGGAAAACGAGUCGAGCUGGGUUGAUGAAGCAUUUCGGGGCGGUUUUAGAUUUCGGGCCGACGAUCGUGUAUAACGUUCCCGCGCGAACAACGCAAGAUAUUCCGUCGGAGGUUAUUUUUGAGCUGGCGAAGCAUCCGAACUUUGCCGGAGUGAAAGAAUGCGAAGGCAACGAACGCAUUCGCAAUUACACGAAGAAUGGAGUCACGUGUUGGUCCGGGAACGACGACGAGGCGCACGACGCGAAGUGGGACGCCGGCGCGGCUGGGGUUAUUUCCGUCACCUCGAACGUUGCCCCGAAACUCAUGCGAGAACUCAUGCUCGGCCCGAAGCCAAACCCGAAAUUGAGAGACGAUUUGAUCCCUCUCAUGCGAUGGUUGUUCAAAGAACCGAACCCAAUCGGCGUGAACACCGCACUCGCGAUGCUGGGAUGCGCAGAACCAGUCUUCCGCUUGCCGUACGCGCCGUACGAUGAAAAAACCAGACAAGAAGGUAAAAAAAUAAUGGAAACGGUUGGCCUCGAGCACUUCGUCGACGCCGGUGACGGCGCUCGUAUUCGAGACGUGCGAGACGACGAGUUUAUUUUGUUGGACGAGUGGUAA